AGCCAAGUGCGGCAGAAGCUGCUGGUGCUGUCCAGCACUUCUCUAGCCUAGUGCGGCAGCAGCUGCUGGUGCUGUCCACCUUUCUACUGCUCUUCACAGCUCUCCUCUUCACCAUCGUGCCUCCUCCCAGCCGCACUGCUGUGGCUGGCAACCUAGCCACGCUCUUCACUGUCAUCAUGUUUGGCGCUCCUCUCUCCUCGCUGUCUGUGGUGCUGAGGACGCGCAGUGUGGAGUACAUGCCGCUGCCACUCUCCCUCAUGUCAUUCGUUUGUAGCACCUCCUGGAUGGCCUAUGGGAUCUAUGUGCAAGACACUUACGUGAUUGUGCCAAAUUCCCUGGGUUCAAUUCUCGGCAUCAUCCAACUUUGCAUCUACUAUGCGAUCAGAAAGACGAGUUCGAGGCUGCCGUCCCUCCGAGCCGUGGAGGAGGUGCUGCCGAUGUACGCGCCGCGAAUGCAGCUGGGAGCGGGCUCAUUCGGACGGGUGUUUCUGAUGGAGCACCGGCAGACGGGCGGAAAGGUAGCCGUUAAGACGCUGAAGAAGGAACGGAUAGUGGAGCUGGGGAUGCAGGAUAAGGUGCGCCGGGAGAUCAGCAUUCUCCUGCGCGUGCGCCAUCCCAACGUCAUCCGUCUCUACAACGUCGUCGAGACGCCCAAGUACAUCCUACUCCUAAUGGAAUACGCCGAAAACGGCGAGCUCUUCGACUACAUCACGCAGCGCGGGCGGCUGACGGAGGGCGAGGCGCGGCGAAUCUUCCAGCAGAUCGUGGCGGGAGUGGAGUACUGCCACCGCCGCAUGGUGGUGCAUCGGGAUCUCAAACCCGAGAAUAUUCUGCUCGACGCGUCGUGGACCGUCAAGAUCGCCGACUUCGGCCUCGGGAACCUCAUGACUGAAGGGCAUUUCCUGCGGACGAGUUGUGGCUCGCCGAAUUACGCCGCUCCCGAGUGGAUUACCCAAUCUCACUGCGGGCCGGAGGUGCACGUGUGGGGUUGCAGCGUCGUGCCACAUCCCACACGCUUACCCACCGCUCUCUCUCUCGUCCAUCCCUCUCUCCUCGAGCAGGUCAUCAGCGGGCGCUUCUACUGCGGCCCAGAGGUGCACGCGUGGGGCUGCGGCGUCGUGCUACAUCCGAAACACUCACUCUCUCUUCCCACUGCCACUACCCUCCCACGCACUCCGCCCCAUCCCCGCGCGCAGGUAAUCAGCGGGCGUUUCUUCUGCGGCCCGGAGGUGGACGUGUGGGGGUGCGGCGUCGUGCUACAUCCGAAACACUCACUCUCUCUUCCCACUGCCACUACCCUCCCACGCACUCCGCCCCAUCCCCGCGCGCAGGUAAUCAGCGGGCGUUUCUGCUGCGGCCCGGAGGUGGACGUGUGGGGGUGCGGCGUCGUGCUACAUCCGAAACACUCACUCUCUCUUCCCACUGCCACUACCCUCCCACGCACUCCGCCCCAUCCCCGCGCGCAGGUAAUCAGCGGGCGUUUCUUCUGCGGCCCGGAGGUGGACGUGUGGGGGUGCCGCGUCGUGCUACAUCCGAAACACUCACUCUCUCUUCCCACUGCCACUACCCUCCCACGCACUCCGCCCCAUCCCCGCGCGCAGGUAAUCAGCGGGCGUUUCUACUGCGGCCCGGAGGUGGACGUGUGGGGCUGCGGCGUCGUGCUCUACACGCUCCUCUGCGGCCGCCUCCCCUUCGACGAGAAAUCCCACGUGGCACUCUACCAGAAGAUCAAAGCCGGCGCCUAUUCCCGCCCCACGCACGUCACCCCCGCCGUGCAAGACCUACUAGCGCGUCUCCUAGUCGUCGAUCCGACCAUGCGCGCCACCAUCCCCGAGAUCCGACGGCAUCCGUGGUUCCUGCCGUGGUUCCUGCCGUCCGAUCUGAUCCGCCUGCAGGAGGACACGGCCGCGGGCCGGCCGGCCGCGCCGCUACAGCUGAACGCGACGGCGAUUUCGAAUCUCCAGGCGGUGAGAGUGACGGGGGAGGGUCGCGCGGUGCUGGCGGGGAAUUGGGUGCAAGAGGCCUUCGCGGCUAGGUUCGCUGGUGCGGGCGCGGGGGGGGAAGCUGACGGGGGCGGGGUGGGAGGUCCCUACGUGCUCCUCUGCUAUGCGCCCUACCCGCCUGUAGCAACGGCGCUGCGCUACCAGGGGUGUCUAGAGGCGGCUGUAGCGGCUGUAGCGGAGGAGGCGGAGCUGCAGAGGCGGCGGCAGCAGCAGCAGUACAGGUGGCGCGCUGCGAUUAGUGAACGCGUGGAGAAGCGCCAGCGUGGCGGGGUAGCCGCCCUGCUGUCCCUCUCCCCGCCCAGACCUCUCACAGGUUCCCUCUCCUCCCCUGUGCUUAUAGAGCAGGCCAUUCCGUCCGCCACCUCGUUUGAAGCACUUGCUGCAGCGCAAAAGAAGCUGGCUCAAGGGGGUGGCCCUGCUGCUGCUGCGGCGGCGGCUGUAGCAGCGGCUGUAGCGGCUGCAGCGGCGGCCGGCGCAGGAGUGGGUGGUUUUGCACGGUUGAUCGAAGCAGCAGCAAUGGCAGCUCUGGUGGGGGCGUUGCUGCUAUGGGGGCUGGGAAAGGGGGAGGUUUCCUGA